AUGAAGAACUUCAUCUUCUUCUUCAUUGUGUUCACCACCAUUAUUUGGAGCUCGAACGUAGAGUGCAGCAGCCACCUUCACCCACUUGACCCCAUAACCCCUUCCGAAAUCAACCUUGUCCGUACCAUAAUCCUCAAAGCCUAUCCACCAGAAACCUCAAAAAACAGCACCAUCGCCUUCCAAUACGUGGGCUUGGAUGAGCCACAAAAAUCAACCAUCCUUUCAUGGAAAUACUCCAAAACCAAAACCCCACCACCAGCGCGGAGAAUCUACGUCAUUGCGCGGUUCAAGAAACAGUCUCUUGAGAUAAUAGUGGACUUGUCAAGACGCUCCAUCGUGGGAAGCAAAGUGUACAAAGGCCAUGGCUACCCUAUGUUAAACAUUCAAGAACAAGUCGCGGCGUCGGUACUACCAUUCAGCUAUGGACCCUUUAAGGAGUCAGUGAAGAAGAGGGGACUGAACAUAUCGGAGGUUGUGUGCUCCGACUUCAGUGUUGGUUGGUUCGGAGAGAAAAAGACGAAAAGGUUGCUGAAGAUAAAGUGUUACUACACAGAGGGGAGUGUUAACUUGUACAUGAGGCCGUUGGAGGGUGUAGAAGCGACGGUUGACAUGGAUGAGAUGAAGAUCGUUGAUUACAAGGAUAGGUAUGUGGUGCCGAUGCCGAAGGCGGAGGGGACUGAGUACCGUGCUUCCAAGCUGAAGCCUCCUUUUGGUCCUAUCCUCAAAGACAUAUCCCUCAUGCAACAUGCUGCUCCUGCUUUCAACCUCCAUGGUAACACUGUAAGUUGGGCGAACUGGGAGUUUCAUGUUGGAUUCGACGUUAGAGCUGGCCCAAUAAUUUCUCUGGCUUCAGUGUAUGAUCUGGAAAUGCAGAAAUAUCGGCAAGUACUAUACAGAGGCUUCAUAUCAGAGCUUUUUGUUCCAUACCAAGACCCCACUGAAGAUUGGUACUACACAUCCUAUUUUGACAGUGGAGAAUUUGGGUUUGGACAAUCUGCUUCUUCACUUGAGCCUCUCACUGAUUGUCCUUCCAAUGCUGAGUUCUUAGAUGCAUUCUUUGCUGAUGCCAAUGGCAAACCUGUUAAGAUACCUAAUGCUUUCUGCAUCUUUGAAAAGUAUGCUGGUGACAUCAUGUGGCGUCACACGGAAGUCGCAAUCCCAAAUGAAGUGAUAACGGAGGUGAGGCCAGAUGUAACACUUGUUGUGAGAAUGGUGUCAACUGUUGGAAACUAUGACUAUAUUAUAGAUUGGGAAUUUAAGCCAAGUGGUAGCAUCAAAGUUGGGGUUGGGCUUACUGGAAUAUUAGAGAUUAAAGCAGGGACAUACACUAACACUGAAGAAGUAAAAGAAGACAUAUACGGCACAUUGCUAGCGGAUUAUACCAUUGGUACCUACCAUGACCACUUCUUAACCUAUUAUCUCGACCUUGACAUUGAUGGGGAGCACAACUCCUUUGUCAAGAACACUUUGGAGACUGCAAGAGUCAAAGAUAGGAAGAUACCAAGGAAAAGUUAUUGGACUGUUGUCAGCGAAACCGCUAAGACUGAAGCUGAUGCCAAAAUCAAGCUGGGGUUGAAGCCUCUUGAGCUAGCAGUUGUUAAUCCAAAUAAGAAGACAAAGCCUGGAAAUAAAAUUGGGUAUGGUUUGAUCCCGGGUUCAGUGUCACACCCACUUAUGCUGAGCGAUGAUUUCCAACAAAUCAGAGCUGCAUUCACCAACUAUAAUGUUUGGGUUACGCCAUAUAAUAAAUCUGAGAAAUGGGCUGGUGGAUUAUUUGUUGAUCGCAGCAGAGGUGAUGAUACUAUAGCUACUUGGACUCAAAGGAAUAGGGAGAUAGAGAACAAGGACAUAGUGUUGUGGUACACAAUGGGAUUUCAUCAUGUUCCAUCACAGGAAGAUUUCCCAAUAAUGCCAACCUUGACUAGUGGCUUUGAGCUGAGGCCUACUAAUUUCUUCGAGAGAAACCCUGUUCUUAAGACUAAAUCACCUGAACCUGCGCACUGGUCUAAUUGUACUAAAUGAAUGAUUCAAUCAGAUAUUGUUAAUUUCGUUGUAAUUUGCUGAUUUCAUUUGUACCAACCAACAUCUCUUCUCGAAUAAGAUUAUAAUGUAUAGUGUUAGUUUAUGUUUUCAUGUCUAAUACAAAGUGAAAUAAUGCAUCA